CUCGCUAUCCACCACUACUUUACACCUCUAUUCCAAUUCGAUAUCCUUCUAUCAGUAACGCCGUCGCAUACGUCGAUCGCCCACGCUUUCGACCCCCGAAUCCCCAGCACGAUCCAAUUUUGCAGACGAUAAGAGAGUGGCCCAGGAUGAAUCCCCAGAUGCAGAUUUACCGGCAGUAUCCCCAGCAGGCUCAGGGAAGGGCCCCAGCCUCGCGAAGACCAGGUCAAAUAGCCCCAGCGCAGCAUAGCCACCAACAAGCUCAAGCUCAAUUGGUUUCACAGCAAAUGCAACAGCGUAAUGCCGCCAUCGAACAUCAAUUGGCUCAGCGCCGCGCCCGAAAGCCGACCGACCGGAACAUGCCCGAAGGUAUUGAUGACCUAGUGAUUGGAGAAGGUGUGAAACAGUACAAGGAGCUUCGAGAAAUGGAAAAGAAACUAGAUCAUGCAAUGGCGAGGAAGAGACUAGAGAUUCAGGACUCUUUCAGCAGAAACAUCAAACGCCAGAGAACCAUGCGCAUCUGGAUUUCCAACACCGCAUCCAAUCAACUCUGGCAAGUUAGCCCUGAUGAAAACAGCUUCACAUUCGAACGAGAGGGCGAACCCACGUAUCAAGUCAAAGUCGAGGGUCGGCUCCUUGAAGACCCUGAAGAUGAUAUCCUCUACGAAUCAGAUGACGAAGACGCCAAACCAACUGAAGCCUCCUCAUCUCAGCAACCAUUCAAGCGAUUCUCCCACUUCUUCAAAGCCAUCAGUGUCGAGUUUGACAAGACUCAUUCAGCCUCAGGAGACCCAAACUACCAAGUAUCAUGGAAAAAACAAGCUAACAGCGGCGAGUUGGACCAUUUUCGUUUUCAACGUAGAUCGGACGAAAACCUCAAUGUCUCCAUCUUGUUGACCCGAGACGAACAGCCCGAGAGAUUCCGGCUCAGUCAAGCGCUGGCCGCUACACUCGAUAUGGAAGAAGCUGAUCGCGCCGAAGUCGUCAUGGGAAUCUGGGAAUACGUCAAAGCAAUGGGUCUACAGGAAGACGACGAACGCCGCACCAUCCGCUGUGACGAGCGGUUACGACAGAUUUUCAAUUCCGACACACUAUUCUUCCCUCAAGCCGCCGAACGACUUGUCCCACAUUUACAUCCUCUCCCACCGGUCCGACUUCCCUACACAAUCCGCGUUGAUGAAGCCUUUCAAUCAAACCCCGAACCCACCGUGUAUGACAUUCAAGUCACGGUUGAAGAUCCGCUACGGGCGUUGAUCUUGAAGAUGACCCAGAAUCCCGAACAUCAAGCGACCCUGCGUCAAAUUGUACGGACUGAUGACGAGUUGGCGAUUCUCGUGCAAGCCAUUCAACACCACAAAGCUCGUCAUACCUUCUUCACCUCGUUGGCCAAGGACCCCAAGAGAUUCAUGGAGCGAUGGAUGAGUAGUCAAAAGAAGGACUUGAGUGUUCUGCUUGCUGAGGCGGAGAGAGGGGAUGUCGCGGGUAUGGAAUAUGCCCAAAGUGGCGACACUGGAUCAUGGAGCGCGGAUCUGGUCAAUGAGGCAGUGAGAUAUCGUCUGGCCAGGGCUGAAGCAAUUCGGUGAUAUGGCUUAUGUCUCCUGUAUGUGUGUGUAUUUACAGUUUAAGCAUGGCGCUAUCGGUGGUGCUGGUGCGAAUGCUGGUGGUGGCUGGUUGCCUGCGUACUCGUGUGAAGUACUUGACGCUCAUGGACUGAGAGCGAAAUGGGCAACAUGGGAAAUGUUACAACAAGAACUUGAGGGAUUCGAAACGUAGAUGCUGGUGUCUUGAAUUUCAAGCAUACCACCUACCUUGAUUGCUGUGCGGCAAAAUCAUGAGUGUAUUAUAUCUAUAGGACUGUUGUACAUGGCCAAAGUUUGGACCUCUUCAA